CAGGGCACGCGGAGAAUGAGCGCUGCGGAAGGCGCCACGGAGCCCGCGGAGUGUGCUAACCCAUCAAGAGGAAAGAACUCGACAAAUUCUCUUGAACGAAAGAUAAGGUGCUUGGAAAAACAGAGAAAAGAGCUCCUGGAGGUGAACCGGCAGUGGGACCAGCAGUUCCGGAGCAUGAAAGAGCUGUACGCCAGGAAGCUUGCAGAGCUGCAGAUGAAGCUGGAGUCCACAGAGAAAUUCCUCAGCGGCCUGGAGCAGGGACGGCCAGCGAGCCCGAGGGCCAGCGCCGGGCCCGCGGACCUGGCCCAGGAGCAGCAGCAGAGAGAGGAGAAGGAAAAGCAGGCCCUGAGCCAAGAAUUACACGCGUUGAGGAAAGAAAACAAGCUGUUAAAGGAAAACAACGCUGUCAUGAGCAGGAGGAGGGAACAUUAUGAAUGUGAAAUAAAACGCCUUAACAAGGCUCUUCGGGAGGCCCUGAAGGUCGAGUGCGCUCCGCUUCCCGAGGGCCGUCUGGCGGGGCCUGAGCCGGGCUGCGGGCACGAGGAGAUGAGGACAGAGAUGGAGGUGCUCAGACAGCAGGUGCAAAUCUACGAAGAAGACUUCAAAAGGGAGAGGUCGGACCGAGAGAGGCUCAGUCAGGAGAAAGAGGAGCUGCGGCAAGUGAACCGGACGUCCCAAUCCCAGCUGAACCAGCUGAAGUCCAAGAUAGAAGCGUGCCAGGUGGAGAAAGAAAGGCUGGAAAAGCAGUUGGAACAGAUGCGUAUCCCGCCCUGUCGCUGCGGCCUGGGUCUCCACCUGCCGGAGGCGGGCGCGCCGGCCGGCCCCGGGGCUGUGCAGGACCUACCGAGGCUCCCGCCAGACCGCCAGUGGUGUGCCCCCGGCCGGCUGCCCCCGGAUGCGCAGCGCGCGGCGCACGGUUUCUCCUCAGAAAAGAAAGGUGACCAGUAG